AUGUUGUCACCAGCUUUUGCGCACCGAAAAUAUGUCUACACUGCCUCAAUAGCCGUCGUGAUCGUCAUCUUUUUGACUGUCAACUACGCAUAUAGUGGUAGGAUAAGACCAAGUAGCUUAUCUGAAGAGGCACCAUUGCCUACAGCUCCUGUCACUCUGCAACAGGAACCUUUUCCACAUAAGAUAUGGCAAAGCUGGAAAGAUGAUUCAGAAAACCCGACUGAGAGAACUGUUGGUUUUCCACAUCAAUGGCGUGUAGUCAAUCCUGGUUGGCGGUAUGAGCGCAUUACUGAUGCCAACAAUGACGCUUAUGUUCUCGAUCGAUUUGAUGCCAACAUCUCAGACGUCUUCACAAGUCUGCAGGACCCAAUUCUGAAAGCAGAUUUAUUGAGGUACCUGAUACUGUUGCGCGAGGGUGGUGUAUGGGCUGAUAUCGACGUAUACCCCCAUCAGCCAGUAUCGAAAUGGAUCCCGAAACAGUUUCAAGGCUCAGUGAAUCUGGUCGUUGGGAUAGAAAAUGACCAUCACAAACAGCCCAUCUGGCCUGGCUCCCCAUACUCUGUGCAGUUAUGCCAAUAUUCGGUGUUGGCCAAGCCAAACCAUCCUGCCAUCAAAACACUUGUGAACCAAGUGGCAGAGGAUCUCAAGAAACUUCUUGGGACCAAGCAGCCCGGGGAGGCAGUUUCUUUCGAAGUUGUCAUGUCCACUACUGGACCUUUUGCUUUCACAAAAGUUCUCAUGGACUAUUUCCAGGAGUCCACAGGCGUGGAACAUACUGGGAAUGAGCUAGAUAGACUUGAAGAACCUCGAUUGAUUGGCGAUGUGCUUGUCCUGCCAAAGGAUAGCUUUGGAUGGUUGCCCCAAGAACACACUCAUGAUAAAGGAGAUCCAACUAUCCUUGUUGAGCAUUUAUUUAUCGGAUCAUGGCGAGAUGGCCAUCCUGGAUGA